GGCACUUCCGGGAGUCAAUUUCCUGGCGCGAAGAACUUCUAGGUUCUUUUCUGUGGAGAUCAAACCUGCGGCUUCUGCAAUGGAGCAGCCGCAGGAGAGGCCUGCGGCCGGGGCUGAGGCCUGCGGGGAGGAGCGGGGUGUGUCGCCGGCCGCGGAGGAGCGCAUGGAGGAACGCAUCAGCCUGCUGCUCAGGCUGAGAGAACAGACAAAGCAACAGCUCUUAGAAUAUAAGUCCAUGAUCGAGGCAAAUGAAGGAAAAACUCCAGAACUGAUCAUGCAAGAAAAAGAGAUUGAAGUUAAAAUUGAAGACCUGGAGAAUGAAAUUGAAGAUGUAAAAACUAAUUUUGAAAUGAAAAGCCUUGCACUGAACAGGAUGAAACUUUCAGCUACACUUCAAAACCACCUGGAGAGCGUGGGCCCUGAGAGUGGUGUGCUCACUGAUGACAUGAAGCACGUAAUAAAGCUACAGAAGUCAAUAAUGAAGUUACAGGAGGAGUCUUCAGAACUGGAGAAAAAGCUGCUUGAUGUCAGAAAGAAGAGACUGCAACUAAAACAAGCUUCAAGAGGUAAGCUUUUAGAAAUACAAACUGAGAAGACCAAACAGAAAGAGGAUGUGGACAAGAUGGAGAAUUCUGAAAUGAUAAAGGCCAUGAAAAACAAUCUACAAAUGGAGAUGAAGAUUACUACAGUUAUUCAACAUGCCUUCCAGGGCCUUAUUUUGGGGAGUAAAACCAACUGGGCAGAGGAUCCUGCCCUCAGAGAGACUGUGCUACAGCUGGAGAGGAAUCUCACCACGCUAUAAGAAUUCUGCCUUGGCAGUUUAAAAUCGAUUUGGUGGCCAAUCUUUCAUUUAAAUAGCAGAGUUCCUGGGAAAUGUAAACAGUGUUUUUGGAACCAUUCCGCUGCUUCAAUUUGGGGAUUUUGAGUGGAUGAUAUGACAUGGAAUCUUGUGCUUUAAAUGUGCUCAUUAAAGUGACUGGCAUACUCUUCAGGAGUCUGAACGUCACAGCCCCGGAAAGAAGACCCUGGUCCGCCACCACAGGACAUGCGCACCUUUGCUGACGUCUUCCUGUGAGCCCUUUCGAGAUGUGCACUGGUUUGUCAGCCAAAAAUUAGAAAAGUGUCCAACGUGUAAAGUUGUGUUUGUGAAAUAAGGUUGUGACUUUUCUCCUUCUCUAUUUAACGUGCAUUUUACUUUUAUAAGUUAAGGAAUAAAGAGAAUAAACAUUA